UCUGAUGGGUCUCCAUGGUUCUGGUGGUUCUCCAUGGUUCUGGUGGGUCUCCAUGGAUCUCCAUGGUUCUGGUGCAGCAGCAGCGCCCUCUGCAGGCGCCACAGGAAGCGGCUGUUUCCCGGAAGUCUGCAGGGAAAAGCGUGCGGCAUUCCUUCUGCCUCCAUAUUUCAGUCUUCAGAUGAUUGAUGGUUGACGGUUGAAUCCUGAUGAAUGGAAGCAGGAGGAGUCUCUGCCAAAGUGCCAAUGAGCAGAGCAGCAGGUAGAGGAAGCCGGCUGCUUCCUGUCCACUGUGGGUUUUUUCCGUUAACAAUAAAUGGUUUCCUGUCUGUAACUCGGUGUAGAAAGACAAAGCGGUUCCUGCUGGAACCAGUAAAGUCUGGAUCCUUCUGUCCCGCAGUCACAGACGAAGACACGCUGAGGUUCAUCCAGACCCGAACCCGCCUGGACUUCCUGUUCACGGGGAAGAGAAACAAGGUCCACGGAGCGUGGCAGCAGGUCAUCCAGGAGACGGGGGUGGAAGGGGUGGUCACUCCCACCCAGGCGGCCAAGAAGUGGGACAACCUCAAAUCCAAAUACAAGGAGCUGACGAACCCCAACCUGAGGUCGUCUGAGGAGGAGGGCAGGGCCGCCACUUGGCCCUGGUUUGAAGCCAUGCAUGAGGCCAUCGGGGAGCGGGGAGCUGUGGAGGCCCCUCACCUCAUCGCUUCAUGUGGGGCCCCAAACAAGGGCCGCUCUUCCCCGCCACCCUGCCGUGCCGCAGCCUCCACCAGCAACGGCCUGACUGCGCCGCAGCCCAGUAGGAAGCGCUGCGGAGACGCGCUGCUGCGCCUGAUCAGGCAGCAGUGCGAGAAGGACAACGAGUACAGCCAGAAGAUCAUCGAGCAGAACGAGCGGAUCAUAAAACUGCUGGAGGACAUGAAGAAGAACUGAGCCGCACCACACGCCCCAACAUAGACACCUAACGAGUUCCUCUGUGGUUCCGGGCCGCUGCACUCUGCUGGUAACCAGGGCAACCAGGUUCCUGGAUCAGGUGGUUCCAGCAGCAUCAGCAGAACUUUGGUUCUUGAAACGUCCUGAUUCCUUCGGCCGCAGGUCGCUCAUGUGACACCAGGAGGAGGAAGGACUGCUGCUCCGUUUCUAUGGCAACAGUGACCCUCCCCCGUCCCCCCAAAGGGUCUUCUAUCACUUUGCCUUUUUGAUAAUCAGUAUUUUCUACACUAGAUGUUGUUUAUCUCCACAGCUCAAUAAAACCUUCUGUUUCUCCUGACUGGUUCCAGUUCCGGUUCUGGUCUCUAAAUUCUCCUUAGGUGUGAGUGUGAAUGGUUGUUUGUCCUGUUUGUCUCUGUGUUGCCCUGAGAUGGACUGGCGACCUUUCCAGGAUGGAC